AUGGUGAUAGGUGCCUUAGAUGUUGUCACAACAACAAAAAUUACAAAAACACUGAAACGGAAGUCAAUACGAGAAAAUUCUAAGAGCAAACGACUGAAAAAAACCGAAACAUGUACGGAAAAGCUGAGUAGCACUUCUGAAUCCGAAAGUGUUCAGUCCGAUGCUGAAGAACCAACACAAAUCAAGUUGAGGACUUCAAGUGGUCAAUCUAAGAGUGACACUAGACUUGAUUAUACUUUGCUAUCAAAAACAUGCGAUAGAUUCGGAGUGUCGGAUAGGGCAGGAGCAGCUAUCGCAUCAGUUGUUCUACAUGCGUCGGGUUCUCAAGUAAUAGAUAAAAAUAAACUACGCCGAGAACGAAAAAAGGCCAGAGAAAAUAUAGUUUCACAGCAAACUGUUUCACAAAUACAUGCAUAG